AUGAAAUUAAUAAAAUGCUUUACAUUUAAUUUAUUACUUAUUGUUAUAACUUUAACAUCAGCUCAAUCACAAUUUUCGAAAAUUUCUGAUGCAUGUACCCAGGUAUUAACACCACUGAUAAGUAACAAAGAACUUAAUGCUUGUAUACCACUUGCAUCGUUAGCACCCUCUGGUAAAAAUGAUACCUAUGGCACAUUAGUUAAAGGAGCUGAUAAACUGUGUGCUGCUGAUAAAUGUUCUGACAAUUUAAUCACAACCAUUCAGAACAACAUUGAAAAAGGAUGUACAACUGACUUGACAAACCAAGUUCCAGAAGUAUUGGCAAUUGAUUUUCUCUUCACCUAUUAUUCACCAAUUAGAGAUUCAGCAUGUCUCAAAAAUUCAACUAAUGGAUAUUGUUUUAUUGAAACUAUUGAUAAGUUAAAAAAUUAUGAGAAAAAUAUUACUAAUGUCAAUUCAUUUGAUUCAGCAUUGGAUAGUUUUAACCAGCUGCCAACAGAUGUUGUUUGUACAACUUGCAAUAAAGCAAUUGCAAACACUUUUUUCAAUUAUCAAGAUGCUAAUCCUGAUAGGACUAAACGAUUUGCCACUCCAGUAGCUAGCGUUAAAUCCAUUUUGGGAAAUAAAUGUGGUGCAGACUUUACAAGUAAGUGA